UUACGGUAAAGCAUGGCAGCCUCCUUGCCACCGCACUCGUGAGAUCAGCUAGCUAGAAUGUUCUCGCACGUUCAUAUUUAAGUGUAUAUAUAGAGUGUUCACCUGUUUUGAGCUGAAAAUAUUAUCCUGUCUAUAUAUUCAAACAACGUUUUAUAAGGCUCCUGUGAAGCUACACGUCAUGGCAGAAGACAGGCAGGACAGGAGGUAUCCUCAGAACCUGCAGGGUGUCCUGCAGCUGGCCGUAGAGGCGGGAUCAGCUGCAGAGGGACCUGCCCCUCUUGAACCCAUGUCAGAGGAGAGAAAAAUGUGGCUGAGAGAAGCUCUUGCAGAGGUCACCAAAGGGCAGAUGGAUGAAGUGCAGCAGAUGAAACAGUGCUUGGACAUUUUGCGCCAAGAGGGAUUAGGCGAAAGGGAGAGAGAAGGAGAGGAGGAGAGGCAUGAAGACGAUGAAGAUGUGCGGGAAUCAGCCUUCGAGGUGCUGUCAGAGCUGUGUGAGAACCUGGACAACGCAAGAGACCUCAUGAAUCUCGGUGGACUGGAACUGUGCCUCUCCUUGUAUCUGUGUCAUGGUCAAAGCGGGCUGAGGUGGCGUGCUGCUGAGCUCAUUGCUUCUUGCGCCCAGAACAUGCCACAGGUGCAGCUCUACUUGCUUAGCAACGGGGCGCUGUCUAAACUGCUGCAGCUGACCGACUCAGACCCCAACCACACUGUCAGAGUAAAAGCCCUUUACGCUGUGUCCUGUUUGGUUCGAGAGCAGGAGGCAGGUCUGCAGGCUUUUUUGACCAACGAUGGCUUCUCAGUUUUGAUGCGAGGCAUGCAGUCGGAGAACGAGAAGCUCAGGACGAAGUCGGCAUUCCUUCUGCUCAGCCUGCUGAUGUCUCAUCCUGAACAGAAAGACACGGUUGUCUCUAUGGGUAUGGUACAGCAACUGGUAUCUGUUCUCCGCACACCACACGCACCUUUCCAUGAACAUGUGCUUGGUGCCCUGUGCUAUCUGGUGGAAGACUGUCCUCAGGGACUCAAAGACUGCAGGAAUCCUGCUCUGGGUCUGGAGGAGAUUCUUAAACAGCGAUCCAGAGAGCUCCAAGGGAAAGAAGAGAGUCAGGAGGAACUGGAUUUCUGUGAACGUUUGAGAGUCACGUGUUUCCGCGGGCAGCAGUCUGAUGACAAUGGAAUGGAUCGCUGAAGACUUAUUUACCUCUCCUGUUUUUGUAAAACUUUGCAAAAUGUAACAGUACAUUCAUGAUCUGGUUCAUGGAUGCGAAGCAAUGUUUUUGUCUGUUACAACAGAUGCUGUCCAUAUAUUGCAUGUUAUCCAGGAGCUGGUUUUUACUGUGUAAAUAACUCUAGUGUAAGUUCAAAUAUUUUCAUUUAAUUUAGUCAGAAU